GAGCAAGUACUUGGCGGAGCCAUCCCAGAGGUGCGAACAAUAUUCCACGCAAAACCGAACCUGCGUCUUAUAUAACAAGCAUAGUUGCUCGGGCGUGAAAAAACGCCGCACCUUGUUCAGGACUCCGAGUUUGCGUGAGGCUGUUUUUAUCACACUUUCGAUGUAAUUUUUUGACUUAAAAUUUGAUGGAGCCGGCUGAACGCACGAAAAAACAUGACUCGGAGGCGUUCCAUUUAAGGCUUGAAGUGCAAGCGAGAGCGCGCAACGAGCGACAAAGAGGCACAAUCGGCCUCCGCGUUCGGCAGCGUUCAACAUCUGUCUCUUUCCUACUUGAGUGAGCGAUGCUUCCGCGUGGACAGCUGCUAUACAAUAAUACAUUUACAUGUUUGCAUUUGUAUGAAGUGCAGUGAAAAGUGAAUGUGGUGUCAAUUGUUUAUAGCAACGAUAAUUACGGCGAUAAAGGUAAUGAUUCUUUCGAUAUUAAAUAUAUGUUCAGUGAUAUAUUGUCGAAUGUUCGUGCUUUCAUGAUUAAAUUAAAUAGCAUCGAUCCGCUAGUGUAGCGAUUGUAGAUUAUGCUAUAAUUGACGAAACUAUAAUAAUAAUGUAACAGAACUAUUUCACGAUGAGAAUAAAAUCAAUUGCUCUACUAUUCGAUCGAAAUAAUUAUCGAGCGUAGCUAUGAUUUAAAAAAAAGCACAUUCAUACUUGUAAAAACUAUGUACAUUGUAAAAAAACGUUGUCACGUUCAACUAUCCUCAGUAAACCGACUUUACACACAACCGAUUUUUUUUUACAAAAAAUUUUACAAAAAAAUCUGAUUUUUCUCUCAUUUAAUCUUAGUAAAUAAGUUUUAUUAAAUUAAAAAUAUUUUUGCUCACUUUACCUAUUUGGUUUGAAUUGACAGCUAUGACGACAGAAUAUGGCGCCCAGUUGGCCCUAUUCUUAGUUUAAUCGCAUUAUACUAAUAUUGUAAAAAAAAAACUGGUAUUCGGGGAUUCUGGGACAAUGAGAUCUAAUUACUGGACAUGGGACAAGACGCAAAAUUCCGGGACCAUCCCGGAUUUUCCGGCCAUCUGGCAAGCCUGUCAUAACCAUGUCAAAACACGUAAGUAGGUAUAUUUCUGCCUUAAGUUGGGUGGUGUCCCAGGAUUCAGGCAUGGUUUAGUUAGAUGCUUUAGAUGUCGACGCUAUCUAUUUAAAUAUUUUUUCUAUUUCUGUCUGUGGUGAAAACCAUGGACUUAAUCUGUAAUCUAUGGUAAUAAUUAAAAUGGCGCUUUCGUCUGUCACUGACAUAUCAAUAUUUUGUAAUUGGUUUAUCUUAUUGGAUUUUUUAGUUAUAUUUUUUAUAAAUUAUUAAUUCUUACGUUUUUAGUAUGUCUGUGAAUAAUUUGUCUUCGGUGAUGAAGUCAUGUUCAGAGAGUGAGCUCAUUAAUGAAGUUCCUGAUGCUGCAAUGACACCAAAGCAAGCAGAAGGAUCCCGAUUAAAAAGAACGUUUACGCUACCUCGUAAUCCAUUUGGCACAGUGAAACCUACUUCCAGUAAAAAUAAAACCCUAGAUAAUGAUAGUAAACCAACGAGUGCCUGUUCUAUUGUGUCUAGUGAAUCUCAAAAAGAAGAAAAUGGCUUGGAAAGGAAGUUAUUUAGAAGGCCAUCAUGGAAAAGAUUCUUGAACAAAAUUGCGCAGCAUAUGAGUUCUGUUAAUGCAUCUGGUGUUAAGUCUGCACCACCUAUUAUGAAUGGUGACAGAAUACCAUGCAGUGGAGACCCGCCAUGGCCACCUGGAGCAACUCCUGCAGCUUCAGGCAUAAAAAACCAUGGGAACACUUGUUAUAUGAAUGCAGUACUUCAAUGCCUUUCACAUACUGAUGUUAUUGCUGAGUAUUUUGUAUUAGAUCACUAUAAGGUUGACCUACAAAAGCGGAACAAGAUUAAUUCAAAAAAGUAUGGGACUCGUGGGGAAGUUACAGAACAGCUAGCUGCUCUGCUCAAAGCUCUUUGGGCAUGUCAUUAUACACCUGACAUGAGUACAAUGUUCAAGGGAGCGGUUGAACGACAUGGAACACAGUAUAGAGGCAAUAGUCAGCAUGAUGCGCAAGAGUUUUUAUUUUGGUUACUUGACAAAGUCCAUGAAGAUUUGAAUACUGCCACCAAGAAGAAAUACAAGACCAUAAAAAACACAGUUGGUAAGUCAGAUGAAGUAGUGGCUGCAGAAACAUUGGCAAAUCAUGCUCGCAGAAACAGUUCAUUUGUGCAAGCUGUUUUUCAAGCUCAGUACAGAUCGGCAUUGACAUGUGCAAAAUGUGAGCGUACAUCUUGUACUUUUGAUCCAUUCCACUGUGUUAGCGUUCAGCUACCCUCAAGAUUAGCUACUGCACAACCGUCGCCUCUUCCUGUCAAUGUGGUGUAUGUUAACCAACAACCUCGCCAAGUUCGUAUUGGUGUAGACCUAUCACCAAAUGCUACAAUGGAGGAUUUGCGAACCACACUACAUGCAGACACGGGCAUUGAUCGGGACCAUAUUAUUCUGGCAGAAAUUAACGAGACAGGGUGGUGUAACGCUCGCGCCGGUUGGGAGGUAGCGGGCCUAGAAGCGGGCGCGUUGUACUGCGUGGAAGCGCCGCCGUUACUGACGACUCCCACCGCGCCAUACCUCCUAGUACUUUGGGUCAAUUUGCUUGACGGACAGCGCUUUGGUUCCCCGUACGCGAUGCAAGUGCCCCGCGAGAUCUCGUUUGAGGACCUGCAGAAGCUGAUGCUGAAGGAGAUGUGCCAGAUCGUGGCGGAACGAGUGUUGGAGAACUCGCAGGGCGCGGACAUAUUCCGCGCCAGAAUCGCUGAGGCGCACAGACCGAAGGACCCGGCUUAUUUGCAGCCUGAGCUCCCGCAUCCGCUAUUCGCGCUAGACGUGGAGCAAGCGCUGUGUGCACACGACAAAUAUCCUCACCUUCGACUCGAACUGUUAUGGGAUCCAGCACAUAGAGACAGUAUUAUCCGCGAGGCGGGCGAGGCGUGUGAAGUGCACGUUUCCGCAGCGACGGUGGCGCCGCUCACCCUGCACGCGUGCCUGGCGCACUACACGCGCGCCGAGCACCUGGCGCAGGAGGACGCCUGGAGGUGUCCACAAUGUCAAAGGUACAUGCCUGUUGUGAAAACACUGGGGCUGUGGACGCUGCCAGAUAUCCUUGUGAUACACUUGAAGAGAUUCCGACAGCAAGCUAAAGGUCGCACAAGUACAAAGUUAACGACAAUGGUAGAGUUUCCGUUUAAUGAUUUCGAUAUGACACCACAUCUCGUUAGAAGAAAUACUACCGUAGUAGAUUCGCCUGGACACUCGCGCUCACCGCGACGAAGGCAUUCGAAAACUCCCACCGGUGUGCCUCAAGAAAACAUGUACGAUUUGUAUGCCAUUUGUUACCACCACGGAGACGACUUAGAGACUGGACAUUACACGGCAGCAUGCAAGAAUCCAUACGACGGCCAUUGGUACAAGUUCGACGACUCCAGAGUAACGCCAGUCGACGACGAAAACGCAUACGCUGAGCUAGUGAACAACACUGCAUACAUGUUAUUCUACAAGCGGAAAAAACCGAAAGUGACCUACUCCUGUUCCACGGACGAUCACAACGGCCACUGGGCGCUUCGAAUGCCCAAGUUCGUGAAAGCCAAACCGGAAGUUUUGAAUGAACUCACCGAAGUCAAAGAAGAGAACGCCGAUGAGAAUAAAAUCGAAACGCAAACCAACGAGCCUGAAUCCGAAUCGGAGGCGACUGCGCCAACGAACAGUCCUCUAACGAGAAGCGUGGAAAGUCUACCCGACGACAACAUGAACGGGGCAUCCACUUUCAUCAGUGAGACCGCGACUAUAGUUCACAACACCGCUACAAUAAUUCAGUCGCCAACUUUGCAGCGGCCGUUGAUCGUCGAAGUGAAUGGCAACAAAGCGAACGAAGAUACGAACGAUAACGAAACGACCGUGUCCGCCGAGCCUUAUAUACAUAAAGAUGUUCACGUGAACCCUAAGAUGACACCUGUAGAUACGCGACGGCCGCGUUCCGUGGAUUAUCCAGUGAGGUCUAACGUGUCUUCUGCUAGUAGGGACACGAACAGAAACUAUGAAAGUUCACCGCUCGUCGCUAGUAUAAACGGCGUAGAGUACCAUCCCACCACCGAAGAGUUGAUGCUGACGAUGUUCCAAGAGUCCAAGUAUAUAGUGCCGAGACACGGGAAUCAUAUCUCCGGGGAAUCUCAUAGGACGGGUGAGAAGUCGUCCGUCUGGAAAACUCGAAUAUCCACGUGAGAACAGCUGGAGGCGCCGAGAAACCUAAUGAGGUUUUAUCCUACUAUUAAUUUAUAUCCAAUGUUAGAUCUGCUCGUAUGUAGUUGACAUUUCAUUUGUAAAGAUGAGAAGACCCUAUACCAUACUUCUUACAUAGCGAAUGAGGAAAACAAAGUAGACCUUCAACAAUGAUCUUUAGGAUUUUGAUAUUAAUAAAUAUCCUUAAUUUAUAACGUUAUUAUCAUCCAUAAGAUUCCUGUCAGGCUUUAUUAUUCUAAGAACUAAACGUUAAUUAAUUUUUAUUUCUUAACGUAUAUGCUAUAAGUUAUAGUUUUAAUAUCAAUUAUAUAGCCUUCCAUUUCGUAAAAUAUUAUCUUUCUGUAGUUAUCGUAUACUGCCGUAUAAUUAACGUUUAUUUCUAUUUUUGCUUACCAAAGAUUGGCUGGACAUUAUGAUACUCAAUUAUAGAAAGGCAACCAUAGAUAUUUAGCGUUAUGAAAAAUGUGGAACAUUUUUCGGUUACAAUUGGUGAUAACUGGAUGUUUGGAGUCUAUAGUCGGUUUUCCUUGACUUAUAAACAAAUAUUGUUAGUUUUAUGAAGGUAUCGGUACUUGAUUGAAUGUAUAUGUACAUAUUGUAUUCUAAGUUGAACUACCCAAAUACCUAUUUGAUAGAAUCAUGUCGUUGUACAGCGCAGAGUAUACUGAUUGGUGAAUGAUUUGUAAUAUGAUGAAUUUUGUAGAGAUGGAUAUUUUACAUUUUUAAAGUAAAUAAUUGUAGCUAGCAAGCGUAACAAUCGAAUUUCAUAAUGGAAACCCACAUGUGCCUUGGCCUUAGGGACGUUGUGAUUUUACUAAAUAAAUUGGAUGAUCCGUACAUUUCAUUUGUAUCAACGUUUUCGGUCAAUAUUAAAUAAAUUAUUUUCCUGUAAACAUUGAAACUUAAGAUUUCUGUUAAUAUUAUCUUUAUUUUUAAGAUAAAAUAUGGAAGCAUAUAUUAUUUUUUUCGUUGGAUUCUUGUGUAUACCUGUAUAUAUUGGCGUUUGUAAACAGCUCGACGAGUCGAUUUUGUAUAUAUUUUAAAUAUUAUUUAGUAAAACCAUUGUGAUCAUUUUAUCUACGAAAACGUGAAAAAAUAUUUUAUUUAAAAAGACAGUUCGUAUUGUGAAAUUUUAUUGCAACAGUAAUUGGCCUAAACAUAUAUAUCACCUUAUCAUAAAAGCUAUUUGGGCAUCAAAUAAGAGUAUUACAAGAAAAUGUCAUAAAAAUUUCAGAAUCAUAAUUUUAAACAGUGUCUUAUUUUUUGUGGUAGCCCCAAUAAUGUGACCAUAUAUAAUAUAUGGUUCAUCUAUAUAGCGUUUAGCUAUCUAUAUUAGCGUAUUGAAAUGUAUUGUGUAUUUUUUCGAUAAUUUUGAAAUGGAAUAAUUUCAGAAACAGUAAUUUUCGUCAUGUGAUUAUUUAAUUCGUAACACCAUAAGAAUCUAUUUAUUUUCCAUUGUGUGUAAUAAAAUAUUGCAAUAGCCUAUUUGAAUAUGAUGUUACAGGUGUGUUAACAUAUAUAAACUCUGGAAAAUAGAUAAUAAAAUAAUGAUUGGUAAAGUACCUUAAGGGUAAAAUUGAUUGCUCUCAGUUUAUGUAAGAAAGUUUUAAACAACUGAACAUCGUUUAGUUACCUGAUAUACCUACACACGAAUUGUUUUGUUUACAGUUUCGCAGUUUAGACCCUGCUUUGUUUAUUUAAAUCGUAGUGUAUUGACGACCACAGGCAUUGUCUACAUACGUUAUAAACGUUGGAUUUUUCUACAAAAAUAUUUCUUACUUGAUUAUAUUAUUAUUAAUAUUAUAUUUGAUAAAUUUUACAUAAAACCUAGCAGUGGUACAUCAAUCGCGUGCGAUCGUCAACACUCAGCGUAAUUUCUUAAUAUUAUUUUCGUUGUUUUAAUUUAAAGAUGUUUAUGAUAAUUUCACCACGUUAUGUUAAAAUAUAUGUGUUAUUCUACACGA